AUGCUUUCAAUUUAUGUUGAUGAUUUGGAUUCGAUCAAGCAACAACUUCCAACAACUUUGGACUUUGGCACAGUGAAUGUGGAAAUCUUGACCGUUUCCGUGACGAAUGACUGGCUUGUGGUGGGCGCGAGUUGUGGAGUGAUCUUCAUCUUCACCCGAUUCGACGCAAAACUAUACAAACAAAUUCGAACCUCUUCAACGGAUACGAUCUCUUGUCUCUCCGUUCUCGGCAAUCAAAUCGCUGUCGGCCAUCACUCGGGCUUGCUCUUUCUCAUUCAUCUACAAACUGGGAAAAGUAAAAAGAUUGACCAAUACACGGAUCGAGAUCAGCACCGGGGUUCCGCUUUGCGACAAGUGAUCUGGUCGACGAAAGAUUGCACAAAGCUUGUCUCAUCCGAUGAAUCAGGAAUCGCUAUUCUAACAAAUGUCGAUUUUCACAAGAAAUCCUACACUCAUUCAUUUCUCUUUUGUGACACCAUUCCUUCAGCAAUUCGAUCGAUUGAUCUUUCCGAGCAUCAGGCACUAAUCUGCUGUGAGAGCAACCAGUGCAGUCUUGUUGUGCUCGAGUCGGCUGAAGUGACACUUGUCGGGGAACAAACUUGCAACUCUUCUCAAGUGAUCGGUGUCGCUUGGCUAAACGAGGAGACAUUUUGCCUGUUACACGAAGAUUUCCGUGUUUUCCUCUACAAAAAGGAAAACUUAGCGACGCCGAUGAGGAUUUUUGAUCUCUUAGAAGAAAUGAAAAGACAUUUCAUUGCCGAGAUUUCGAUCAACGGUCAAGUGAUGAGUGCCGGCUUUGAGAAACCGUCGACUUUGAGAUGGCUAACAUAUUCCGAGUCACAUUGUUGCCUUUCAACGAAUCUGAAUCAGCUUUUAUUGUUGCGAAUGAACACUGAAAUCACUGUCGAAAUGGCUUUCUAUCUAGGGGAUUUAAAAAUCAAAGACGCUUCCUAUUUUGACAAAGAGCUCUUUUUAUUGCAUCACAAUCGAGAUUUGCUAAGAAUCAGCACAAGAAAAGUCACGACGUUUCAAGAAAUGCAAAUAGAUGGGAUGCAAAUAGAUGAUUCAAUUGGACCGAGUCUUUCCUCAAUAGUUGAUUCGACUUCAACGCUUUUGGGAAAAAUGCGGCCAUCAAAAGAUGCAACAGUUAGGGAAACGAUUGAGGAUGUUGCAUCACGUGGAAUGGACGCGAUCUCAACGCGAAUCACUCCAUCACUCAAUCAACUGCUUGACAAUAUGAGGAAACAUGUCGACAACUCGAAUUUUGGAGCUGAAGAAGGGGAAAUCCCGGCUGGAUCGAUGGUGUGCAAGGGGAAAAUGGAUGAAAUCGAAGUCGCUGAAGAUGUAUCUCAAGAAAACGCAGUGUCAGUGGUGAGAAAAGAGCGCGGAAUACAAAAAAGAAAAAGAAAAGAAAGGAGACGAUCGAUUGAUGGAAGUGAGGGAUCUGUGCAAUCGGAUGAGAUAAAUCAGCAGCAUUCUCCACAAAGCAACGAUGAAGAAGUGAGGCUGAGAAAUGUUCGAAUGGUUGUGGCCCAGCUCGGCACUGGAAGAAGGCAUUCCCCUGAUCGCUCAUCUCAUCUUUUCUCUUCUUCACCAAAAUCUUUCCAACCCUCACCAUUAGCACAACGAAGAAAGGAUUUGAUCAGCCCAGCUUCUUCAUCGACAACAGAAGACGAGAAAAGUCGACUUGGAGCAGAAAGUGAAGAAGAUGAAGAAUUGGAUGAAGAGAAAGCAUUGAAAUUGAUCUUGGAGAGGACAGCUGUCCCAUCUGGAAGCACGGAUUCACAGACUACUGUUUCACUGGAAAUCCCAGCAGACGAUUCACCGAAGAAACUCGCUCUGCAAAAGGAGAAACUUGAGAAAGCGGUUGUGGUGAAUGACUUGGUGGAUAUUUGGAAUGAGAUCCAACUCCCAUUCACCCCCUCAUCACUCUCGGCGAACAAGACCCAUCUCUUGAUGUGUCAUCGGAAAAAACACCCAAAAUGGGCACCAAUCGAGGAUUUGAAUACGAAGAAGAGACUCGAAUGGAUAAAUGCUAAUUUCAUGGCCGAUCAACUGGAGACAAAUGAGGACGGCUCGCUGAUCUGGCGAAUCAAGAAAGGAGUGCCCAAAAUGUGCACAGCACUCUCACCUACAGUUUCCUGGAUUCCGGUGGAAAGCUGUAGCAAUGGUGUCUCAGGGUGUGCGUUGGCUGCAAAAGAUGCUUGGUAUGGGAGAGAUAAUCGGAUCUCUCUUCAAAUGGAGCUCCCCGAAGAGGGUUUCCUUUAUGAGACGGAGGGUGAAGCAAAGAUCAGAAGCCUUACCGCUACGCGUAAAGCGGUGUGGGCAAUCCGGGAAGACACUGGAACAUUGAUGGUUCGAGUUGGGAUCAAUCGGUGCCGAAUGGGAUACGAUUGGGUUGAUGUUAACUUGGAUUUGGGCGGGCGUUUUUUGUGGGCGAAACUCGUGGACACCACCGGAUUUCUUCUAGAUGAGCAUGGCGGUUUGUGGAUGACAAAAGGAGUCGACGAACAUCAUCCAUACGGAAAUGCCGACGGUUUCAUGCGAGUUUGCACACCGCUAGAGAAACGAUCAAAGAUACCAGCGCCUAGUGAAUGGAGAAUGACCGCCUCGCAAAAGGGACUCUUCAUCUCGGCCGGGAGAAAACUCUUUUGUUCACGAGUUGCUGUUUCAGGACAUCGAUUCACUCUCGUUGUCCCGGCAAAAAUCCGUCAUUAUGAUCGUUUCACGAUGCUCACCGCUGGAGCUUUCAUUGAUGAGCAAUCAAAUGGAAUCUUCGCGUGCCGACCGAACAGCGAGUUGUUCGGGUUCAAGCCAACGAAGAAAAUCUUCUCGACUCACAUGUUACCGAUAUCAGAUGGACAAACGAGCACGAUAAUCUCUCUACAAGCUGUGCCUAAUAGUUUAAUGUUAUUGGAUAGUUCUGGGAGUCUUUUCGAGAAGAGAUUGCUUAAUGGUGGAGUCUCGGAAACACAAUGGAAUCAAGUGGAUAUAAAAGGUCAACCAAUCAUUUCCUUUUGUCUAUCUGAGAGCUCACUUUGGGUGAUCACUGCAUCAAAUGAAAUCUUUGCUCGUUUCAAUGAAGAUCUAUCGAAAUGGCAUUCCAUCGAAUCUCCAAAAUCCGUCAAGAUUGAAGAGGUACGAUGCUCGCGAAAUGGUCGCUAUGUUUGGGUGAUGAGUGUGAGUGCGAAGAGAAUCUUCUCCAGAAGUGCUGUCGCCGAGUUGACACCAACAGGGAUCAAAUGGCUUGAGAGCUGCCAAGAUCCACCAAUGCUCGAGUUAUGUGUGGGUGAUAAUGUGGUUUGGGGACUCGCUUCGGAUGCUACUUUGUACAGACUCCGAGGCCUUGCCGCCACGAACCCAGCGGGAAACUAUUGGAGAGCUCUGCCGGUGAAAUUGAGAGCGAUCUCUGUGGAUGCUUCUAAUAGUUUAUGGGCUGUUGAUGAAGAAGGAAGUCUCGUUAAACAUGUGACGGAUGUUUACAAGUUUGCUGAUGCUCCUCCCGUCGACUUUGGUCAUCAAUCAGCUUUUGAAUUUAUU